AUGAAUAUUUUAUUAAAUAGAACAUUUUAUUGUUUUUUUGUAUUUUUAUUAUUAUUACUUUGUUACUGUAGAGCAGAUGAUAAUAUAUUACAACAAGAUCUUGCAAAUAAAGAUAUAAAAGAACAACAACAAGAACAAAAACUUGAUUCAUAUCAAAAGAUAGUUGAACAAUAUCUACAACAUCAACAACAUCAACAACAGCAACAACAACAACAACAAGAAUCAACAACUACACAACUGCAAGAGUUAAAUGUAGAUAAUGGUGAUGGUGUAACUUCAGAGAAAGAAAAAGAAAUACCUGCUGUUCAGCAGACACAUAUCGAUGUUGCUAUUACCGAAGAAGAAGAAGAAGUAGAUAUAUCGGUGGUGGUAGAUCAAGAUAAACCUGUUGUAGAGGAUAUCAAAGAAGAUACUUCUCGGGAAGAUAUUACUAUUAAAUUUUCAGCUACAUCAGAUAAUAAUAAUGACGUCAAUUCAAAUUAUAAUAAUAAUAAUAAUAAUAAUAAUAAGAAUGAAAAUAAUAAUGAUAGUCCGACAACAGAUAGUAAUCAGAAUAAUCAAAAGGAACAAAGUAUUAUACCAGAGUAUAUUGGUAAUCAAAUACUUCAAGAUAUAGAAAAUAAAAUAAAUAAUAAUAAUAAUAAUAAUAAUAAUAAUAAAGAAGAGAAAAUUAAUGAACAAUCUACUGUUUCAGAAGAAAAGAAUGAAGAAUCAAAUGAAAACACCAAAAAUCAACAACCUAAUCAAACAGAGAAAGAUACUGAGAAAAAGAUAGAGAAUGAGAAUGAAAAUAAAGAGAAAGAUAAAGAUAAUGAAAAAGAAAAAGAAAAUAAUAAUGAAACUAAAGUAGGUUCAGAAGAUAAAGAUACACAGCAGCAACAAACAGAAAUAGAGAAAGUUAAGGAAAAGGAAAUUGUUGAUGAAGAGAAUAAUGAAAAGAAUAAUGAGAUCCCAAGAAUCUCAACAGUAUUGGAGACAGUACAUAGAGACGUAAUCACUUCAAUAGAGCAAAAAGAAAAAGAAAUAGAGCAACAGAAGAUUGCUGAUACUCAAAGAGAGACUAAAUUACAAGAGGAACAAGAUACAAAUAAUAUAAAUAAUGAAAUUAAAUUGGAACCAUUCAAUAAAUUUACACAGAAAGUAAUAUUCUCAUUGGCGGAUACCGAGUCGAAUUCGGCGUUGGCUCUGACGCAUAACAAUACGGUGAGCAAUCAGACAAGUUAUCCGACUGUGCGUACACCAAAGGAUCUACCGGACAAGUUUAAUUAUGCCGGUGCAGAGUGUGGUGCUACUGUGCUCGCUGCCAAUUCCGAGGCGAGAGAGAUCAGUAAGUUGGCAAACUACGAGUUCUUCUCAUCGAUGUUUAAGGAUUUCGUUGUCAUGGGCAUCAACAAGUAUCCUAGUAGCACUUGGCAUUUCCUUGGUAAUUUCACCGCUGAAAACAUUAGAAAACCACAAUAUUUCGUUUUGAAAGAGAAAUCUUGGUAUAAAUAUUUGAAAAUUAAGAUGUUGACAAAUUAUGGUAAUCAAAUGUAUUGUACUCUUUCAGACAUUAAAGUUUAUGGAUCGACUAUGAUUGAUGAUUUAAAAAAUCAGGUUGGAAUUAAUAUUCAAGAAGUAGAGUCAAUUUUAAAUAGAAUGAAUAAUAAUAUUACAUUUGGAACUUCAUCAUCAUCUAAAUUGAAAACGAGAAAGGAAAAUGAAACUAUAUCGUGGACACAGUUGCAACAGGUUUCGAUGAAUUUGACACAGACAAGAGAGUCGUAUUCACCUCCCGAUAAAAAUGGUGGUGGUAGUGGAAAUGGAAAUGGACAGAGUAGUGCAACUAGUUCUGCCACAGAAGAGAACGAUGAGCAUGGAGCAACACACGUAGAGUCUGCCAGUCCUCAGAGUAUUCUACAGCUACUGGCGAAUCGUGUGAAAUCGGCAGAGAUCAACCAGUCGAUAUCGAACAAGUAUCUCGAAAAGCUAGAGACUCACUACAGUGAGAGAUUCAGGAGUUUAGACGAAGACUUUACCAAGAUCAUGUCGGUCAUCAAUGGAAUUGCCGAGCUUGGUUCGGACCUCGAACGACGAGUUGCGAUAGAGCAGCAAUCUAUCGAGAAGAAGAUCUCUCAGGACAUUGCCAAAGAGUUGAAUCUACUGCGUGAGCGAAUCAAUCGGCUCGAACAGAAACACGAAGAGGAUAAAAACUAUUAUAUCACAUUGUUGGCAUCAUCAUUUAUUUUGGCUAUCAUCAUCUCCUAUCUGAUUAUCAAGGCAAACAUUGAAGAAACAAGCUUUAAGCAUUCUAGCUUGAGAAUUCCAUGGAACAACAGCAACAGCAACAGCAACAAUAAUGCCAGAAGAAAUUCAUUACCAGUAUUCAGUGACCAACCAACAACACCUUUGACCUCACUUUCCAGCAGCACAUCGAUGAUUAGACCAAAUACACCAAACACACAAUUCAACAUCAAUACAUCACCUACCUCAACUGGAAAUGGAUUCGACUAUGUUCGAAACAGUCCAUUCAGUAAUCAACAAAGUCUAUUGAAAGCAUCCGAAGUUUUACUUUCUCCACCAAUCGUUUCAAAUUCUAAUACCAACGAUAUUUUCAAAUCGAAAAAGAAGAAAAAAAAAGCAAACAUAGUUCAGUUUAAUAACAACAAAUAUUAA